UGGUUCCUCCGCCUUCCCACUGAGCUAACGGCUCAGCUAUGGAGCCAAUCAUCUGACAAUGGAAACCAAUGUUAGGGACAGAGAGCAGGCAGCAAAGAUGGGCAUCACGCCGUUACUGACAUCAAAUAGUUAAAGAGCCAGCUUAGAAUAUUGGUUGUAAUUUAAAUAAUAGUGCGUAAUAAAGAGUUGUGUCGUGGCAGACGCGCCGUGUUCUGUUGCGCUGGCUCCACACUGUAGUCUUGGAUUGCAAAAAUAUGGCAAAGGUUCAGGUGAACAAUGUAGCAGUGUUGGAUAACCCAUCUCCCUUUUUAAAUCCUUUCCAGUUUGAAAUUACUUUCGAGUGUAUUGAAGAUUUACCAGAAGAUCUGGAGUGGAAAAUCAUUUAUGUCGGUUCUGCAGAAAGUGAAGAGUACGACCAGGUUUUAGACUCUGUUUUAGUUGGCCCUGUUCCUGCAGGGAGACACAUGUUUGUGUUUCAGGCAGAUUCAGCACAACCGGGACUCAUUCCAGAUUCAGAUGCCGUGGGUGUGACUGUUGUGUUAAUUACCUGCACGUACCGCGGUCAGGAAUUCAUUCGUGUGGGGUAUUACGUUAACAAUGAAUACACAGACCCAGAACUCAGGGAAAACCCCACUGUGAAGCCAGAUUUUGCCAGGCUCCAGAGAAACAUCCUGGCUUCAAAUCCACGAGUUACAAGGUUUCACAUCAACUGGGAUGACAGCACUGAGAAAAUGGAUGAUUCAGAGAACACACAUCCAAACAUGCAGCCUGUUCUUACUUCAAGCAAUCUACCUUCAGCAUCAAAAGGGUUAUCAGUCACUGGGAAUUCAUUCAGUCUUAUGUCAGGGUCACUCAUGAACUGCAUGUGACUUCCCACAUAAAAAGAAAUCAUGAAUCGUAAAUUAAUUUGUGAACAGGUGUUGAUUUACUGUGAAAAUGUGUCACCUUUCCUAUAUUGGCAUACAUGUUUAUUGAGGCUUAUAAGAACUAAAGAUACAAAUUUGUAGUUUUACAAUUGUGGUUAUUUGUUCCACUUUUAAUGUUAAAACAGUAAAAUGCUUUAUCUUUAAA